AUGGGCGCCUGGCAAGGUCCACCUCGCAAUCGAUGCAUGCGUUGCUUCAAACCUAGGCGCAACAAUACUCCCACAUCUCCUUUCAAGUACUGUCAUUCUUGUAAGCUCGCAGUCCGUUGGGUAGAGCCUGAUUAUCUCCCUUUCGAACCGAACGAUACUGUAAUCUUCAACCAAGACUCUUACCGCGACUACCAAGUUGCAGAUGAGCUGCAUCGAGAUCUGGCCACGGCUCUUGACCUUUUGGUAGCGAUCGUUGAGAUCCGCUCGCCGUCUGACAAGUAG